AUGGGCACAAACGAUACCUUCAACACUGAAAUCUAUAGCCAUCAGUGGACUCAAUUCAAGAGUGUGCCUAAUGUAGAGUUCUGGGCUCAAAUAACUAGUCUUCCAAACUUCAAUCCAAGUCGACAAAAAGAUCCUUACAUUAUCCAUCCUUGUUGGAGAAUCACCCACUGGAUCCUUUCCACUUCCAUCUUUGGUCGUCACGAUCCGGGACAAAUAAACAUAUUAGAGCUCUAUUUCCUCUAUUUUAUGAGCAAUCGUAGUUGGUCUUGCCCCGGUUUCGCCACCUUUUUCCUGGAUAAAUGUGACUGCAUCCGCAUGAAGACCACUAGCGACAUUUGCAUUGGAGGUCUCAUUACCCUAAUUGGUUUGGGUGUGGGCCUUCAAUUUCCCGAGUCUGAGUACGUACCAGUGGAUGACCCACCUUUCUACCUCAUUGACUACAUAGCUCUCACCCAGAUGGAUUUACUGAUACCUCAUCCUAACCGUCGUAACCAUUCUUCUUGGCUCAAUCAUGUCAAGGAACCAGUUUACAUAUUGCCUAAUCCUAGCAUCUCCGCCUUUUCCACCAGUGACCCCGAAACUUGGUUCUUGCCUGAAGAGUUACAAGAUGAUGAUGAAAUACAAGUCGACAAUUCCAAUGUAGGUAGUCCACUUGAGGCCGAAGACCAUUAUGACCUCCUGAUUCAACAAUUGCCACCACCCCUUUACGGCCAGCCUUCGUGA